AUGAAGAAUAAAAAUAAAAUAAGAAGAUAGAUUGGUAAAUAAUAUAUUCAUUUUAGAAAUAAGCUUCGUGAAUAUAUUAGGUGAUAAUCAAAAAUAAGAUAAAUAAUAGAGAGAAAAAUAUCUAAAAGGAAAAGUAGAUCAAAAAGCAAAGAGAAAAAUAAUCAUUAAAUAAUAUGAAAUAAGAGAUUUACAGUUCCAAUAAUGUAAAUGGAUGAAUUGAGAAAAUUAAGAAGAACUUAUGCAUAUUAAAAUGCUAUAUAUAGAUUAAAUAAAGUGAAGAAAAAGAUCUUAAAACAUUCUGAAAAGUAAAAAGAUAGAUCUAAUUUGGAAUGGGAUACUACAGAAGAUAGAUACUUCAAUUAAUUUUAAUCCAUUAUAUAUGAAAAAAAAUAAAUGCGAAUGGAUAACUUUCGAAAGUAUAGUAAGACAAAGAUUGUAAUUAAUUACAAACUUAAGAUUAUUGGAUUAAGUAAUCCACAUGUUACUACAAUAUAUUGGAGAAAAUUAGAGAAGAUAUGA